CCGGUCUGUCAGUGCGCGCAGAGUCCAGACCAGGACCAAGCCAGCACCAGGACUACAGCAGGCCCAGAGCCGGGAGUGCCGCUCCGUGGCCCUAAGCCUAACUCUCACAGCAUGGACACAGCUUCACAGCUCCACAGAUACACCGGGGAGAGCCGCAGAGAGUGACCGAGCACAGAGACCUGUCCCCGGGCACAAGCGCAGACAGUAGCCGCUCAGAGGUGCAUGUCCCCGGGUACUCUCGCACACAUGGCCGCGGAGGGGACCAUCCGCAGCCGGCUCCGGAGUCUGCUCAGGUCCAACUCCAUCAAGCUGAAGAAGCGUGCGCGACACCCGGAGCAGCUCGCGAGCAAGGUGACACUGGAAAAGGUUCUGGGCAUCACCGCUGCAGGAAACAGAGCUCUGUCCUGUGACCCGAAGACCGGCCUGCUCGCCUACCCCGCCGGGUGUGUGGUGGUGCUGCUAAAUCCUCGAAAGAACAAACAGCAACACAUCUUCAACUCGUCCAGAAAAGCCAUCACCACUUUGGCCUUUUCUCCAGACGGAAAAUAUGUGGUUACCGGAGAGAGUGGUCACAUGCCAGCAGUGCGCGUGUGGGAGGUCACAGAGCGUGCUCAGAUUGCAGAGCUGCAGGAGCAUAAAUAUGGCGUUGCCUGUGUCACCUUUUCUCCCAACGGGAAAUACAUUGUGAGCGUUGGAUACCAGCACGACAUGAUGGUCUGUGUGUGGAACUGGAAGAAAAACGUGGUUGUUGCGGCGAACAAAGUCUCAAGUAAAGUUUGUGCAGUGUCCUUCUCGGCCGACAGCUCGUACUUCGUCACCGCCGGAAACAGACACGUCAAGUUCUGGUACCUGGACCACAACAAGACCAACAAGGUAAAUGCCACAGUCCCUCUUUUGGGUCGCUCGGGUCUCCUCGGUGAGCUCAGGACAAACUGUUUCUCAGACGUUGCGUGUGGUCGCGGUAAACGCUCCGCCUCCACCUUCUGCAUCACCUCGUCCGGCUUACUCUGUGAGUUCAACGAGCGCCGCCUCCUCGACAAGUGGGUGGAGCUACGGACCUCUCAGGCCACAUGUCUCUGUGUCUCGGAAGAGCUGAUCUUCUGUGGAUGUUCUGAUGGAACCGUCCGAGCGUUCAGCCCCUUCAACCUGGAGUUCCUCUGCACGCUGCCAAGACCGCACGCCCUGGGGACAGACGUGUGUGCCAUGACUAAAGCCAGUCAGCUCUUCAGCUCGUCCUCUGAGUCGCGGUUCCCAGACACCUUGGCGGUGAGUUUUGAUCCGGUAAACGGCUGGUUAUCGUGCGUGUACAGCGACCACAGCGUGUACGUGUGGGACCUGCAGCAUGUGCAUGAGCGCCAGCCAGACGUGAACGCCCGCGACCCCCACGUGCAUGAGCGCGAUCCCAGGAGAGCAGGAAAACUCUACUCUGCACUGUACCACUCCUCCUGCGUCUGGAGCCUGGAGAUCUACCCGGACUCCGCCACCCCCCUCCUCCCCCCUGGGACGUUCCUCUCCUGCUCCUCAGACUCCACCAUCAGGAUCUGGAUCCUGGACCCAAGAGGCCCGAGCCAGAACAUCCUCAGCCACGACCUGCAAAAGAUCCUAUACGUGGACGAAAACCUCGCGCUCCUUUUGGACGUGGAGUCAUCUGUUGCCGCGGGAAACGGGGCAGGGCCAGAGACGGAGCAGAGAGCAGGGCUCCGGACGCUGAAGGUUCGCCCCGACGGUGUGCACCUGGCAUCAGGUGACAGACAGGGGGCGCUCAGAAUCCAUGACCUGCGCAGCAUGAAGGAAAUUCUCAACGUCCAGGCUCACGACUCCGAGAUCCUCUGCCUCGAGUUCUCCAAACCUGACACAGGUCUGCAGUUGCUUGCCUCGGCCAGCAGGGAUAGGCUGAUCCAUGUGUUGGACUCGGGGGAGGACUAUUCUCUGGUGCAAACGCUCGACGAACACUCCUCCUCUAUCACCGCUGUGAGGUUUACAGCCAAUGAGGGACGAAUGCGGAUGAUCAGCUGUGGAGCCGACAAAAGCGUGUACUUUAGGACAGCCCACAAGACAGAGGAGGGGCUACAGUUCAGUCGCACUCAUCACGUUGUGAGGAAAACGACUUUGUACGACAUGGACAUUGAACCAACGAAGAAAUACGCCGCCGUGGGCUGUCAGGACCGGAGUAUACGGAUCUUUAACAUCAGUAAUGGGAAACAGAAGCGGAUGUACCGAGGCUCUCAGGGAGAAGACGGCACACUCAUAAAGGUCCAGAUUGACCCAUCUGGACUCUACAUUGCCACAUCCUGUUCAGACAAGAACAUCAGCAUCUUCGACUUCUGCAGUGGAGAAUGUGUAGCUACUAUGUACGGACACUCAGAGAUUGUGACGAGUCUUAAGUUCAGUUCCGACUGUAGACACCUGCUGUCUGCAUCUGGAGACAGUUGUAUCUUCGUGUGGCGUCUGCCGCCUGAGCUCACCAUCAGAAUGAGACAGAGGCUGUCGGAGCUCCGCCCUCAGAUCUACAGCUCCCAGAAUGCACCAGCAUUCAAGGACAGUGGCAACGUCAUAGGUGGCCUGGAGCUCUCGUCCGACAGCGACCGCGACGAGGAUGAGGAGCCAAACACGCUCACAGAAAGUCCUCCUCGCACAGAAGUGUCCGAGCUGAAACUGAACACUCCAGACGACACAGAGCCCUGCUCACAGCCCCGCCCAGUCCGUAAACGCUGGACCAGACGAGAGCCUUCAGACCGAGUCCUGAUGGUCCAUUCCAUGUUUGAUCUGAGAGACCUGGACUCACUGCAGCCGGAGCUAGAGGAUCAGGUGAAGCCCCACCCUUCCAAGGAUAACGCCGCUUCCCAUAGCCAAUCAGAGCCAGAGCCGGGACUGAAGCGGAUCAGUCAGGCGCUGGGCAGUACCGUGAGCUUGCAGGUGGACCCCAGAACCAAUCACAGGCCGGACUUUAUCCUGCUAGCCAAUCAGAGCUCAGAGAGGGACCUGCCUGUGCUGUACCCCGACCAAUGGGACGACAGAGUCAGUCUGGCUGGAAAUGAAUUCCAGGUGCAGGAGGCAGGGGGCGCUCAGGACAAACCCUCCCCAGACAGUGGCGUCUCUGUGGGCUUCAGCUGCAGGUCCAGCCCUGAGAGGCCCUCAGCAGAAGACUUAGAGAGACUCAGUGCCGAUGGAAACUCGUCUGACCUGGAGGAGGAAGAGGAGCGGCCUGUGGCAGGAAGAGGCAGGACUACAGCAGGAAGGGAUAGGACUGAGCAUGUCCCUCAGACUCCGGACCAGGAAGCGUUUCUCAAGGAGCAUUUUGGGACUUUAGCGGAGCCCAAAGGCAGUCCGAGCAAAGCAUCCCACAGCUCCUCAGAGAGUCUCAGUAUUUCCUCCAGGUUCCUCUCUCACUCCUCUGCUCACAUACGUUCCUCCGUUCCUUUGGCAUCUCGCUCCGAUGGAAAGACUCCUCUGGUUUCUGAGGUCCACCCCCUGAGAGAGACCCUAGACCAGGAUUUAAACCAGGACCAGGAACUUAACCAAGACCAAAAACCAGGUUUGGACCCAGGACUAGACCAAAGACAGACAAAAGACCCUCACCAGGAGAAGCCUCAGACUCUUCCGGUCUCCGAGGUCCGACCCCUGAUGGACCAAAGACUGGGUCUAAACCCGGACCAGGGCCUAAACCAGGAUCAGACAAAAAUCCCAGGGUUGGCUCCAGUAGAGGAUGCAAUAGUGGAGACGACGCCCCUUAGAGCUGGUCUGUCUAAGAAGAAGCCUGUGGACUGUCGGAAGAGCCAAGGGUCCAGAGCCCAGUCCCAGAACCAGAACAUAGAUCUGCGGAAGGCCCAGUCUGUGACCAGCCUCCUGCCCGAGAGCGCUGACCCAGCCCCCCCUCCUUCCCCUUCCCCUGUGACCUCUGUGACCCCUGUGACCAUGGUGCGUCCUUCGACCCUGCCCUCGACCCCACGUCGUCCCCUGCUCGAUUCCUGCACGUUGCCACGGAAACACUGUCGCUCCUACAUGAGUCCCACCGCUAGUUCCAAGGCUAAAGUGACGCGCUCCGCUUCCAUCGGCGAUGGCCUCAACGAUCUUUCACCUCUGACCUCACUUCCUGUGGCGCAGGUCGCCACAGUGACAGCUGUGCCCGUACUGGUGGCACCUCCCCUCUCUGCGAGUGGGCGGAGCCUGCAGAGCCGCAUCCAAAACAAGCCUCUGCCGGACAAACCCAUACUUGCUGUGUUUACCCCCUCCUCCCCCCUCACCCGAACGCACCCUACGACCCCUGACCCCCUACUACCUAGAACGCACUCUACGUCCCCUAACUCUGACAUUAAAGCUCCAGUCUGGAACAUUCCCCCUCAGUCUGCUGAAUCAAACCACAGCUGUAACCUGGACACACACACACAGCCUGACCCGUCCCUCACUGUGUCUGCUGCUGCCUCCAAAGGCGACUCUCCUGACCCCAGGGCCCUGCCCAUGGCCCCGCCCCUUUCCUCUGACACGGCCUCUGCCCUGCGCCCUGACCCACAGACCCACAGACCCCACCUCAGCAGCUCUGACCUGAUGCAACAGAACAGCCAUGAGACAGGUGAGGAGGGCGAGCUGAGUAUGGAGGCGUGUGAAGCUCUGACCAAUGAGCUGCAGAGCUGUUUCAGCCGAGCUACUCACCUGUACAGGAAGCUGAGCGUAGCAUCGGCUGAAAGUCCCGCCCCUGAGCGCAGUCACAUGAUCUCUGUCCUAUCAGAGUGCUUCCAGGGCCUGAGGGUGGAGCUGGAGGGGCUUCCACUCGGCCUCAUGGGAGUAGAGGGCGGGGCCAACGCAGAGGGGGGGAGAACGGCAGCCAUUUUAGAAGAAUACUCUCUGCUGCUGGUCCAAGCAGUGACCCGAAGACUGCAGAGUCCUACACAUCCUGUACCGCCAAAUAUAUGAUGUACUAAUACUACUACUGCGACUAUUACUGCUACUACUACUACUAUACAGGAGGCUGCAGGAGUCCUACUCACUCCAUGCCAUCAAAUAUAUGAUGUACUAAUGUUACUACUUCAAGUACUGCGACUCUUACUAUUACUGCUACUACUAGUUGUACUACUAGUACAACUGUGAGUACUGUCACUAAACCUACUACUACUGCUAUUACUACUUCUACUACACUACUGCAAAUGCCUACUCAUCCUGUACCGCCAAAUAUGAUAUACGUUUACCAUUUCUGCGUGUACUGCGACUAUUACUACUACUGCUACUAUUACUGAGUACUGCAACCAUUAGCUACCACUACUGAUACUGCUAGUAAUACUAUUAUUAUACAGGAUGCUGCUUAUGCACCCCAUACCGCCAAACACAAAGAUACUUUUACUACAAGAACUACUGCUACUACUACACACAUCUACCACUAAAUACAAGUGAUAAAAUUGGUGCAGAACAAAAGUACUAAGGUUUACACACAAAAGUACCAGAGUACCAAAUACAUAAGAAAGGUACUACUUUCUACUACUACCAUUACUACUACUAGUACUGCUAGUGCCAUUGCUGCUGAAAAAGUGCUUGAGAGCCCUAUAAACACUAGUUCUAAACCAGGACUGAAAAAGGACUGAACCUACCUGAUCCAAAAGUGCUUCACAUUCACAGUAAAAUAAUUGCUGUCUCUGAGCUGCUUCUUCUUGCUCAGACUCAGAGCGGUGGACAUUUUGUCACUCCACUGGGAGUUUUGUGAACGGUGCUAAACUAAAUGUGUUAAUGACGAGCUAACAGACAAAAUAAGGAUAUGAACAAGAAUGAGGACAGCCGCACUUUAGCUCAACUUCAAACCAGCAAAACCGUCAUUUUAAUGUGGAGUACUGAACUACCUGCUGCGUCCCACUGUCUCUAAUGCACGUUUUGGACCUUUAUUUUUACAUUUGAACGUUUACAUUUUGAGCAGAGAUGACUUCUCUUCUCAAGUUGAUGCUUUGGACCUUUUUAAACUAUUUUCUCUUUGUGAAACUUGAAUUUUUCCUCAGACACAUUCCCCAAAGUGCACAGAGCCGAGGUCUUAAACUUAACAUAAACUUAACCCUCUUGUUUACAGUCCUGCGCUCUGAUUGGUCCACUCUAGAUGUCCCUACGGUCUGAUUGGUCCACUUUAGAUGCCCCUACGGUCUGAUUGGUCCACUCUAGAUGCCCCUGCGCUCUGAUUGGUUCACUCUAGACGCCCCUAUGGUUUGAUUGGUCCACUCUUGACGACCCUCUGCUCUGAUUGUUCCUUGUACAGAUUUAAAUACAUUUCUGUGUUCUGAUUGGUCCGUUCUGUGACUGACACUUUUCUGACGUAAAUAUUUCGAGAAUGAACUGAGCGUAUUUAUUAUUGGUCGAUUUGGGUCACAUGACAUUUGUUUUAUAAUGUUUUUAACUAAGAUGAAUUAAACACUUUUAGCGAGAUUUGGGUCAAACGGUUUCUAACUCGUAGGUCAAUGUUGGAACUAAUAAAAUGUUUUUAAAAUGAA